GUCACCCAGAGCGCACCCGCGCCCGCCCCAACAGAAAAUAACUGAACCACCGUGCCAGUGACGUGAUCAGUGCUUGCACAUGCGUGUGCUGUGACCGAGUUGAUUAUAGUGGACGAGUGACUUGUGUGUGUGAUUGCGUGCCGCUAAGUGAGUUUGGAGCGAGUUAAAGGACGGUGGUUACGCUGCAAUCUCUCAAAUUGCUUUGGAUGUGACCGCAAAGACUUUUCGCCCAACAAAUAAAGAUGUCGACGAAAAAAUCGAUUGUACCCAGAACAAUAGAAAGAAUGAGUGUUCACUGAAAUUGGACGAAAACAAAAGUAAAAAUGUCGGUUCGAGCUAGUGUGGGUUAAGCAAAAGGAAAAAAUGGCCUUCCAAGGUUUUGCCGGAGAGGUGAUUGGCUUUUUCCUGGCUGUGGCGUUCUGCAUCAUAUGCCCCGAAUAUGUAUCAUCAGCCCAACGCGAGCUCGGCAAGGGGCCAGCGAACGCCUCGGCGACCGCCGCGCCGGCCGGCUCGGCGGACAACGCCAUCCGGCCCGGCGCUGCCGACCCGCGGCCCACGCCCCGCACGGGCCCGUACUUCGACCAGGUCGCUUCCAAGAACGUCACCGCGCUGCUCGGCAAGACGGCGUACUUGAACUGCCGCGUCAAGAACAUAGGGAAUAAGACGCUGAAUAUGCAAGUGUCCUGGGUGCGUCACAGAGACAUCCACCUGCUGACCGUAGGGCGCUACACAUACACGAGCGACCAGCGAUUUAGGGCCAUACACCUUCCGCACUCCGAGGACUGGACCUUGCAGAUCAAAUACCCACAGCACAGGGACUCCGGCAUCUACGAAUGCCAAAUAUCCACGACGCCACACAUGAGUCACUUCAUUCAUUUGAACGUCGUUGAACCUACGACGGAGAUCAUUGGAGGGCCAGACCUGUACAUAGACCGAGGCAGCACGAUAAACCUGACGUGCGUGGUGCUGUACUCUCCAGAGCCACCGGCUUACAUCUUUUGGAAUCACAAUGAUGCGAUAAUCAGCUACGACUCUCCCCGCGGCGGAGUGUCCGUGGUGACCGAGAAGGGUGAGACGACGACAUCGUUCCUGCUCAUUCAGCAGGCGCGGCCCUCGGACUCGGGCACGUACCAGUGCAACCCGAGCAACGCACAGUCCAAGAGCAUCGUCGUGCAUGUGCUUAAUGAAGCAAAUUCGAUUUUUCCUUUAUCAGGUGAGUACCCGGCGGCGAUGCAGCGCGGCGGGCAGACCUUCGCGCCCACGUCUGCAACACACUGCCUCGUGCUGGCCGCCUGCCUCAUCCUAGCGCUCUCCUGACACUUACCUACCGAUAUUUACAUGUAAAUACAGUUUUACACAGCCUCUACUCUUAACAUUCACGCUUUCACGCCACAUAAAGGCCGAAAGCAAAUGUUAAAAAAAGAAGUGAGAGCAACUAUUUUCUAUUUAAUAGUGUGGGUUGUGUUAUGUAAAAUAUAAUAUUAAAUCCCUGAGCAAGUAGCUAAGCGCUUGUUUAGUACUGAAAUGUAUAUAGUAUAUUAUAAGUCAUCUGAGUAUUAUUUUUAUAAUUUUUACUUCUUCAUAAAAGAAGCUUAGUAUUAAGUUUAUAUAACUCCGACUAUGUUACAAAUGUCUUUUAUUUAUUUUGCAAACCAAAAACCUGAAGUAAAUUAAAUAGGUAAGCAUGUGAUCCUGUUAUUAAAUAGAUUAGACACAUUCGGAGGGUAUUUCUUUGAGAGAAAUCAAGAUGACAGAAUGUAUAAACAGCUGACAAUACUAUUUAAAAAUGACAGGAAGUGUUUAGAAAAAUUGUAAAUAAUAUAACGAGUAAAAUUAUACGAAUCAUUACACCUACCUACUAAGCUUUACUAUAUCUGUGGUGAGAAGUGUACUGUACAUUUUUAUGUAAGUUUUAGAGAAUGUUUUGCUGAUUUCAAUGAUGUUGUAUAUAAAGUUGUAUAGAAAGUAAGUACAAAGGUACCGAAGAAGUUUAUUUGAAUCGUAUUAAUAUAACGAGACCUGCAGCAUACGAGUAGCAUCUCGUCGUAACAAAACAGUAAAAAUAACAUAGCAAUGUAAGCAUAAAUUAGGACAAAAAAUUAUAAAUUUUGCAUAAAAACAUAGUUAGAAAUUAAUUACCCAGAAUUAUCUUAAUUAUGUUUACGGAAGCAGGAUGAAGUUUCACGGAGUAUUAGUACGAAAACCCGCUAUACUUUCGGUCUUUUACCCGUCCUAGAGAUAUUUUCUUUAAAAAUAACCUUAAUCUCAAAUAGUGUAAAAAUAUAAAGUGUACAUCAGGUCCUUAAAUGUGAAAGUGCUUUCGAGACAGAAGCUGUCUUUAAAUUAACGGGUUAUUUGUGUCGUGAAUUUUAUAUUUUCGCCUUCAAAUUGUAAAUAGUUCUAAAUCCUUGUCCAAUCAACUUUACAAAGUUUGCUAAAAUUUGAAAUAGAUCCGACCUUCGGGUACAUUAAUUAUCGUGUUUUUCCUUGAAUUUGAUAAUUAAAUGACAGAAUCUUGAAUAAUAUUACCAGUUAUUAUUAUGUCAAAAGUUUAUUGUAUACAGGUAAAUAUAGUAUUAAGACUUGUUGUAUGUAUUGUAUAAUGAUACUGAACGGUUUUUAACCGCUACAAUAUAAAUUACAUGUGUAAUGAAUAUUAUAAAAACACAAUAAAGU